GGGCAGGACGAGCCUCCUAAAGGAUCUCACAAAGUCAUGUGAACCUUGGCUGAGUUCCAGAGGUGUGCCAAAGAGCCUGUAUAAAAGCAGACGGGACACCCUCACCACCCAUCUUCACAUCCCUUGUGCUGCAAUGAUGAAGGCUCUUUGGCUGUUGCUCUUGCUCGCCUGUCUCCUCACCGCAGGAGAAGGCACAAUCCUCAGGCGCUGUCAGCUGGCUCAGGACCUCCAGCAACUGGGGUUAGACGGCUACGCUGGCUACAGCCUGGCCAACUGGGUCUGCAUGGCAUUUCAUGAGAGCAGCUACAACACCGCUGCCACACAUUACAACGACUACGAUGGCAGCACUGACUUUGGGAUCUUCCAGAUCAACAGCCGCUACUGGUGCCAGUAUGGCAACGAGCAAAGUUCUAACAUCUGUGGAAUUCAAUGCUCUGAGCUGCUGACAGACAACAUCGCUACAGACGUGGCUUGUGCUAAGAUCGUGGUCACCGAUUCAGAGGAUGGAAUGGGGGCUUGGGUGGCAUGGAGAGCAUAUUGCCAAGGUCAGAACCUGUCUCAGUACGUUGAAGGAUGCAACGUGUAGAGAAACACCUUCCCCUGAAGUUGGCUGGGAUCCUAGAAAACUGGCUCCCCUUCAGUUAUGAUCUGGCAAGAAACAGUUCUACUCAAUCCCAGAAAUAAA